AAUCGAAUCGUUUUCAGCUCUAGCACAUGAGGACAAACACACACACAACCCCAAACCGUCACACACCGUUCAGAUAUUCAUAGAUAGUUCUGGAAUUCCUAGUUUUAAUUACAAAAUAGUCAUAUAUUCACAUUAAGUAAAGCAUUAACAAAGCAGCCAAUAUGUCGGACUGGGAUACGGUAACCGUUUUGAGAAAAAAGGCCCCGAAGUCUAGCCAACUGAAGACCGAAUCAGCUGUUAAUCAAGCACGCCGCCAAGGUGUUGCAGUUGAUACUCAGCAAAAAUAUGGUGCUGGCACCAACAAGCAGCAUGUGACCACCAAGAACACUGCCAAGCUGGAUCGUGAGACUGAAGAAUUGCGGCAUGACAAGAUACCGCUCGAUGUGGGCAAAAUCAUUCAGCAGGGACGCCAGAACAAGGGUCUUAGCCAAAAGGAUUUGGCCACUAAAAUCUGCGAGAAGCAGCAAGUUGUCACUGACUAUGAAGCCGGACGCGGUAUUCCAAACAACUUGAUACUGGGCAAGAUGGAGCGUGUGCUUGGCAUAAAAUUACGUGGCAAGGAGCGCGGCCAACCAAUAGCGCCUCCCGGUAAAAAGUGAGAUGAUGCUGCGGCGUCCACUGCCACAGCGACAACAGCUCCAACUCCCAGACAACAGCAUGCCAGACAACAACAAAAUGAGGCAGGUUGGAGCACUGUGAGCGGCAGACGCAAAUGAAGCACUAUCGGGAGGCUGUAAAACCAAAACUUGAGCAGCCGCACAACAACAACACACAAAACAAGAGAGGAGUAUGAACGAGUUACAAAUCAAGAAGACAAGAAAAGCAUAGAAAACAUUCAAGCGAAGAAGCAUGCAACAAUUUCAAAUAAGGCUACCAACUAUGAGCGCAAAAAACAACACACCAUUACUCACACAUUUGUUUUCAACUUAUUAUUAGUUUGCUGACAACAAAUUGAAACAUUGUAAUUCACAAACAAUAUCACGCACACACACACAUACACACAGCUUGACAAAGUAACACAAUUCAAACAUUGAUAUUAAAAACAAAUAGAAGGACUUAAUAAAAGUCCUUGCAUUUUGUGCUCAUAGCUUGGGGCAAAUGUUUUUGUUCAUUUUGGCAUUUUGUUAUACAUAAAAAAGAAGAAAAGAAAAUGAAACUUGAUCUGAUUUAUGAAGCGCUAAUAUUUAUGCAUUAAAAAUAUGGCAUUGAAUACAUAUUAUAACACAUAAAAACCAAAAAACACUCGAAUUUCUUUCAAUUCCGAUUUGAAUCCUUUCUCUUCCCCAAAAUCCACUCCCCACAAAAUACAUGGCUCAUCUAGUGGUUGUUCACAUCAUAAAUCUAAAUAUAUAUUUAGUAUAUAUAUAUUUAACAUUCAUAAAUUCUCAUGCAUCAUGCAAAGAUUAAAAGAAAAGAAAAAAAGAAAACAAAUACAUACAUAUGUGUACUAUUUUAGAGCUUAGCUGGUUUUUUUGUAAUCUAUAUCGUAUAUGUAUAUUGUAAUAAUACGUCUAGGGUCUUGAAAUGUGCGUUUACUUACAUACAGAUACAAGAAAACAUUAUACAUAUUAUACACACAACAAAAAUAUGCGAUAUGUAUUUUAGCAACUUUUUCUAGUCUAGUAUUUAAAACUUAAGCGGUAGACUUUUUUCAAUAUAUUUUCCUAUCGCAGUCAUUGGAGAAUUAACUUCCUUGCGUAAAAUUUAUGCAACUUACAAGAAAUCGACAAAAAAAACUAAUUAACAAAAAGAAAAACAAUUAAAUAUAUACAAAUACAUAUGUACAUCAAUGUGUAGUGAAACAUUUUCCAAAAGCCAACAAAAUAAAUGUUUUUCCCCGUCUUUGAUGUAUAAUUAUAAAA